AUGAAUAGUUCAAUAUUUACCUGCAACUCAUGUAGAACCGAGUUUAAAACAAGUGAUUUACAGAGAUAUCAUAUGAAGACAGAAUGGCAUAGGUACAAUUUGAAAAGAAGAGUAGCUCACCUACCACCUAUCACUUCAGAUGAAUUUGCUGAAAAAUUGCAAAUGUCUAAACAAGAACAGGAAGCCAAUCCAGUUGAUGAGUUUGGUUUUGCUAUGUUGAAUAAUUCAAAUGACCAUUCUAAAUACUUCAAAAAAAAACACUACCACCACCAUAACCAUGAUAAUAAACGUCAUGCCUCUUAUGAUAAUGAGGAAGAACCAGAUAUAUCGAGUUCUAAUAUCAAAAUACCCCAAGAUUAUAAACAAGAUGAGUUAGAUUUGAAGCGUAUAGUAUCUGAAACAGAAUCCAUUAGUUCUGAAUUUUCUCAAUUAACUUUUGAUACCGAAUAUAAUAAUACAGAUCUAGAUGAGGAAACAAUCUCUGAAUAUAGCUUUACCAGUGAAUCGAACUUUGGUAGUGACUAUUCAACAGAGGAGGAUGAAACUGAUGAUAAUAAAUCUCAAAAUGGUGAAAACAUCGAUAAUAGCUUAAAUCACACAUGCUGCCUUUAUUGUGGUAUUGAUAACAAAGAAGUGGAAAAAAACAUCAGACAUAUGUUUCAUUCUCAUGGGUUAUAUAUACCAGAACGUUCCUAUUUAGUGGAUUUACCUGGGUUAUUAGAUUUUCUAAUCAACACUAUUGUUGUUGAUUAUGCGUGUUUAUGUUGUAAUUAUGUUGGGAAAAGUUUGAAAAGUAUUAGAGAUCAUAUGAAUUCUAAACGUCAUUGUAAAAUGCCCUAUGAAACGAGUUUCGAGAAAGAUAUGUUUGCUCCUUUCUAUGAUUACUCUUCGCUAACAGAAAAGCCCAUUAUAAAAGUUAAAUCAACCAAAAGAAUUCAUUUCGAAGUAGGUGAAGAGGAACAAGACAACAAUACUACUGAUAAUUAUUCUCAAUCAGAUUUUGAAAGACCCUUAUCCUCAAAUAAUCAAAAUAUAUCGUCAAUCACAACUCGUCGACCAGUAAGAACAGUGAGUGUUACAGCUCAAGAUAGAAGAAUGGUUAGUGGUAUCACAGAGAAACAAUACAAGAGUGGAUUGAAAAAAAUGCAACUAUUGGAACAAAGAGCCCGUGCUGACUAUCUACGUAAGACAUCAAAACGGAUCAAUUUCCAACCUCAUUAUAGAGAUGAAUUACUUCAGUAG